AUGGAAGUUGAUGGGGGAUAUGGAUGGGUCGUCACCGCGGCCACCUUUUUCAACAACGCCCACCACUGGGGGAUCAUCUCAUCCUACGGGGUCUUCCUCUCAUACUUCCUCACCCACAACGACUUCCCCGACGGCAACAGUCUGGAUUACGCCUUUGUCGGCGGCCUGUCCGCCUCACAGGCCUUCAUGAUCGCCCCCCUGGCAGCGAUCAUCAGCCGGCGAGUCGGCCUGAAACUGACAUUGGCGCUGGGAAUUGUGCUCGAGACAGCAGCCCUGCUGGGAGCCUCAUGGGCAACGCAGACCUGGCAGUUAUACCUGAGCCAGGGAGUGUGUUUCGGCUGGGGGCUGGGCCUGCAGUACGUGUCAACCAUUGCCAUCAUCCCGCAGUGGUUCACCCGGCGACGGAGUCUGGCGGCGGGGAUCGCGGCUGCAGGGAGUGGCACAGGCGGCCUGCUCUAUUCCCUGCUCUGCGGUGCCGUCCUGCUGCCCCGGUUCGGCCCCGGCUGGACGUACCGUAUCCUCUGUUUGAUCCAGCUGGUGGUGAAUACCGUCUGUCUGCUGCUUCUCCGUGACCGGAACAAGAUCACCGGCACCAUCACGCACAGUAUCUCGCUUCGCCAUCUCGUCUCCCACGUCGAGCUGUGGCUCUUGCUCGGCUGGGCGUUCUUCAGCACCCUCGGCUUCAUGGUGAUCUGGUACUCGCUCGACGACUUCUCGCGGAGCAUCGGGCUAUCCGCGCCCCAGGGGUCGAUCGUCACGGCCGUCAUGAAUCUAGGCCAGGUGGUCGGCCGCCCGCUGGUAGGCUAUUUCAGUGAUGCUGUUGGGCGGCUGAAUAUGGCGUCUUUAGCAACAGGCUUGACUGCGUUGCUGUCCCUCCUACUGUGGACAUUUGCUCGUUCGUACGCCUCCACCCUCUGCUUCGCUUUCUUUGCGGGUAUGGUGUUUGGGGCUUUCUUCACAGUCGUCUCGCCCGUCGCUACCGAGGUCGUGGGGCUGGAGUAUCUCUCCUCCUGCCUGACCAUCGUCUGGCUCACCUGCGUCGCUCCAGCAACCUUUGGCGAGCCGAUUGCCCUGGAGCUGAGGACGGUGGGGUCGAACGACUAUCUCCACGUCGAGUUAUUCACAGGCUUCAUUUAUGUCGGGGCAACCAUCUGCGUCGUUCUCCUGCGGCAGUGGAAGGUGAUACGCAAUGAGGAUGAUUUCCUAUUCAGGACUUGGAUUAAACGUGUCUGA